AGAAGCUCAACCAAAUUUUCAUAGUUGUGCUAUCUUUGAUAAAAAUUUGGUUGCUGUACAGCUAAAGAGAACAAGUAUUACAAUUAAAAAACCAAUAUACGUUGGUCUCAGCAUUCUCGAUUUGUCUAAAACAUUGUUAUACGAUUUUCAUUAUUCAUAUAUGAAGCGUCGACUUAGGGACAAAUGUAAACUCCUUUACACCGACACAGAUAGUCUAAUAUAUGAAGUCGUUGACGUGGAUAUGUAUAAAAUAAUGAAAGAAGACUUGCACAAAUUUGAUACUUCUGAUUACAAAGAGAACAAUCAAUUUGGAAUCCCGCAUGUUAAUAAAAAAGUGCCUGGAUUAAUGAAAGAUGAAUGCUGUGGCAAGAUUAUGACGGAAUUUAUUGGUUUACGUAGCAAAAUGUAUAGUAUUUUGAUAGAUGGAUCUGAGACUGUGAAAAAAGCCAAAGGCAUACAAUCGAGUGUUGUGAAGAAAACAAUCACGUUCGAAGAUUAUCGGAAAUGUCUUGAAGAACAAAUUAUUGUUAAACGUGAGCAGUGCAACAUUUGCUCUAAAUUGCAUGUAGUGCAUACUGAAAAACAGAAUAAAAUAGCACUAAGUCCGCAUGAUGAUAAAAGAUACUUAUUACCGCAUAGCACAGACACUUUGCCUUGGGGUCAUUACCAAAUUAUUCAGGAACAGAUGGCGCUGGCUGUAAUUCAAAUGGAGGGGGAUGAAAAAAUGGCUGAUACAAGAGAAGAAAGACUGGGGGAGAUGGAAGUGGAGAAGGGGUAUGAAGUGACCAAUACUGAAGAAGAAAGCGAGAGAGCAAUGGAGAGGGGGAACGAAGUGACCAAUGAAAAAAGUGCAGCACGAGUGGAGGUGACACUUUAUGGCGAUACAGGUGAACAAAUCAUUAUCGAAUACGAUGUUUGUGAGGAGCUAAUGCACGAAUGGAAUCCAUCGAUGGAGGGGGCAUCUUCCGAUAGAUGGGAUAUUCUACAAGAAGCGAUGGAAGGGGCAGACAUCAUGGUGGGGAAUGGGCUAUAUCAACCGACGCAGCACGGUGAAGAGCACAUUCGAGCAGUCGAGCUUGAAAAUUACCUGCCUUUGGAGAAGAAACCAAGACUCACUUAACAUUUCCAAAAUGGAUCUAUCUGCACUUAACAAAAUUGCUGAGCGCGAGUUCUUGCCCAAGGAGAAAGCCACGGACUUAGAAAAAGAUCACGCAUACAUGGUGACUGCGCUCAAGGAAGUAAAGACGAGAUUCGGCACGAAGAUCGUGGCCGAGAUCGAUGACAGCUUUCAAAUAUUUCUUCCAGAAAAGAUCUCAUCAGCAAUCUUGAAAGGUCAAGAACUUUUCAAUAAUCUCUCUAACACAGCAAAUAAACUUAGUUUAUUUAUAACAUAUCAGGGUGGAACUUCUUUUAAGUUCACCACAUGCUAAAAUAAUGAAAU